AAUUCAUUAUGUAUUCCUGUGCAAACGAACAGAUCCUGAGGCUAAUGGAAUGUGUUAUAUUCAUGUGUUUUUAAUUAUUUGGGAAGAGCCUGCAUGGACAUAUUUUUUUUUGGUCAACUGUGUAUGCAAGAGAAGCUGAGCCCCUAUUUAUUUCUGAUGGAUCAUGUAUAUGAAAUACUACUUGGACUGCUAUUAAGUCCACUGCGCAGGCAUGGAAAUCUGUUGGGAAAGGCGAAAGAGGUGAGGACUGAGGACAGCAGCUGGGAGAGAGAGAGAGAGCGAGGAAAAUAUCUAUCUCAAGGCACGGAACGACGAAUACGAGGUUGAGGUUGGGGUUGGGGUAGGGUCGUUGGGGGAACUUGUGGCUGGCUGCAGCUGCUGGAUGCGGCCACUCCGCCUCUUGCCAGCCUCACGUUUCCCCUCACCACUUAUUCCUCUCCACCACCACCACGACCGCCUGCCUGCCUUUGGGUCCUACGAAUGUAUAGCAAAACUCUGUUGAGGUUGGUGUUAAGUAGGCUUCUACUUCUAAUGGCUGGAUAAAGAUGAACUCAACAGCUACGCUACGCCCUCGGGAAGGAGAGAAAAGACAGGGAAGGAAUGUCCAGCUGGAGGCUUCCGCGGCCAGUAGUGGGACUGGGAGCGAAGCGCAUCCGCACUUCCGCAGAGGAUCCUCGGUUCGGUUGGAGUUGGAGGCCCAAAAGACCUCCCGCACCCAACAAAACUCCAGCCUCACAUCUCUCCCUCUCCCUCUCCCUCUUCCUCUCUGCGGUCCAAACAAUCUCUCCCUCUCUCUCUCUCUCUCUCUCUUCUUCCUCUCUGCGCUCCAAACAAUCUCGCCCUCUCCUUCUCUACUCUCCAAAACAAACGAAACGAAGCAAGAAACCGAGAAAUCUCCCUCCCCUGUGGCUGUGGCGGUGGCGGUGGCGGCGAGGAUCAUGUCGGCGGCUGCGGCAGCGGAAGUGGGGAAGGAGAAGGGCGCCGCCACCCCCGGCCCCGGCCCCGGCCCCGGUGGCGCGUGCGAGCUGUGCGGCGCCGCGGCCAGGGUGUACUGCGGCGCCGACGAGGCCACGCUCUGCUGGGGCUGCGACGCGCAGGUGCACGGCGCCAACUUCCUGGUGGCGCGCCACGCGCGCUCGCUGCUGUGCCGGGGCUGCGCGCGCCCCACGCCGUGGCGCGCCGCGGGCCCGCGCCUCGGCCCCACCGUCUCCCUCUGCGUCCGCUGCGUCCGCCGCGGCCCGGCGGGGGCCGUGGGCGUCGGCGGCGAUGAGGAGAUGGGGGGAGCGGGCGACGGAGACGCCGAGGAUGACGACGACGAGGACGACGACUCCGAGGAGGAGGAGGAGGAGGAGGAGGAGGAAGGGGAGGGGGAGAACCAGGUCGUGCCGUGGACGGAGGACGCCGAGGCCACGCCGCCGCCCGUCGGGAGCUCCACGUCCAGCAGCAGCCGGGAGGCCCCCGCCAACGGCGCAGAGCGCGCAGCGAAGCUUUACCUGAGGCAGGCAACCUGCGAUGACUGGUGUAGAUGCUGAUGCUAACAUUAGAAGGCCAGCUUUUAGUGCAUCCAAGCUCCGGGGAAGAUGCGGAUCACGACGGCACGGCGAGAUCAGUUCCCACCGAGGCAUACAUCUUUCUUCGAUCAUCAGUUCGUCUUCGGUCCUCAAGCAACCUUGCACGCCGCAGAGUUUACCAGAGCAGCAGUCCUAGAACCAUAGUAGUGUUCCUAAACGUCGAUGGCUUCGCUGAGAUUGUAUAUGUCCCCAUUACUUCGUUGUGUUCGAUUCCGUCCUCUUCUGCUUGUUUUCUAACCUUAGAGAAACGGUAUAGGGCAGGCUCGCAGUUGCACCGGCAUUGUUCGAUGGCCUCACUGUCUGCUUUCUUGAAUUGUGCCCUGAGUGGCUGAGCCCUAGUUUCUUGUUUCUUGACAGUUCUUUCGGUGAGAUUUAUUGUCUAUGGUUGCAGUGGCAGCUGAAGCAUGCGGCACUGUCGUCGCUGCUCACCUGGCAAAUACAUACAAUCUGGGCAAGUUGCAACAUGGCGAAGAUGGAUCUGGAAUUGUUAAUCGCCCAUUUGGGCGGGCGUGGGGUUAUUAGGAUAUUGUUCGUGUAUGGAUGCCCAGUGAUCUUGUCAGAUGGGUGUUCUUAGACGGGGGGGAAAUAUCCUGCCUGGUAGGGGGAACGCGGAAGUAACGUCAUUUGAAAAUGUGCAGGCUGGUCUAUAGGUCAGUGACAGCAACGUACUGGUUUUGAUGCUGCCAUGGUCACGGAUGUACGUACGCUUGCUGCUGCUCGCAGGCCCGGUCGCUGUCGACAUCAUCUCGCCACAAAGAAUUGAACCUGAAAAUGAAAGCAGGGGUUUGCUUUUGUGA